AUGGAAGUGAUUUUCACGGUGAAUAAGAAAAAGUGCAAGAUUGUGGCGGGUGAAAUGCCACCAGACACGUCACUCAAUAUGUACUUGAGGACGCGUCUUUGUCUCACGGGCACGAAAUUCAUGUGCCAAGAGGGCGGAUGUGGUUGCUGCAUUGUCACCAUUCAUGGCUCACACCCUGUGACGAAGGAGAACUUCACGCUGGCCGUGAAUUCGUGUCUCUACCUCGUGUACUCGUGUCACGGCCUCGACGUGACGACAGUGGAGGGUUUGGGUGACAAGAAAACUGGUUACCAUCCCAUCCAGCAGCGCUUGGCACAGUUCAAUGGCUCCCAGUGUGGCUACUGCUCACCGGGUUUCGUGAUGAAUAUGUAUGGCCUGUACGAGAGCCGAUUCGGCAGUGUGUCAGCUGAGGAAGUGGAGGAUAGUUUUGGUGAGAACAUUUGUCGCUGCACUGGAUAUCGUCCUAUCUUGGAUGCCUUCAAGUCCUUUGCAAAUGAUGCACCGCAGGAGCUGCGAAAUCUCUGUGGGGACAUUGAGGAGUUGUCCGUCAUGGUGAAGAAGUGUAGCAGGAGUGAUAAGAUGUGUUUCAACACCUGUCGCAGUGCUAUUCGCGUCAAGGCGGCUGACAAUGCCGAAUGGCACAAAGUGUACACUUUGAGUGAAGUUCUGCAAACACUGGAAGCAAUUGGUGACAAGAAGUAUAGAUUGGUGGCGGGAAAUACGGCACACGGAAUCUAUCGGAUGCCUUAUGAUAUUGAGGUGUUUAUUGAUGUGUCGGCUGUUGCUGAGCUGAGGACAUACACCAUCGGGAGUACGAUUGUUCUUGGUGGAAAUGUCACCAUUACGGAAUUCAUGGCAAUCCUACUGGAAGCCGCCGAUCGUACGAACAACUUUAACUACUGUCGCACAGCGAGAGACUAUAUAAAUCUGAUGGCAACUGUUCCAGUGAGAAAUGUCGGAACAAUUGCUGGGAAUUUGAUGAUCAAGCAUGAUCAUCCGGAAUUCCCCUCGGACAUCUUCCUUCUGUUGGAGACAAUUGGGGCAACGUUGACAAUUGUGGACACGGGUAAUGUACCGGAAACCCUGUCACCGCUGGACUUCCUCAGCAAGGAUAUGCAGAAGCAUGUGAUCAAGGAAGUGACAUUGCCUCAAUUGACACCCAGUAUCUAUCGCCUGCGACUCUACAAGAUCAUGGACAGAGCACAAAAUGCCAUUGCAUACAUGAAUGCAGGCUUCCUGUUUGAGAUGAGUCAAGGAUCUGGUGUCACGAAAUCCACAAGAAUCGUCUAUGGUGGUGUGAACUCGAAGUUUGUUCAUGCAACGUCAAUUGAAAAGAUUCUCAAGAGAAUGAAUCUCUUUGAAAACACAACCAUUAAGACGGUAAUUGAUGCAAUCUACAAGGAUUUCAUCAUUGACGAUACACUUCCGAAUGCAUCAGCAAUCUUUCGACAGAAGCUCGCUAUUGGAUUGUUUUACAGGACUGUUCUUAGUCUUGCGCCCAGUACUCAAGUUCGUCCAAUUUACAAAAGCGGCACUUUUUCCAUUCCUCGGCCACUGUCAGCUGGCCAGCAAACGUAUGAAACUUUUCCACCCAAGUAUCCUAUAAGUCAGCCUAUCACUAAAAUCGAAGCUCUGUGGCAAUGCAGCGGCGAAGCAGAAUAUGUCAACGAUAUCGAGGCAUGUCAUGCACUUUGGGCAACUUUUGUCCUGUCAAAAGAUCCAAUGAAAACCAUUGCCAGCAUUGAUCCGACGGAAGCACUGAAAGUACGUGGUGUGAAGGCUUUUUAUAGCGCCAAGGAUAUUCCAGGAGUCAAUUCAUUCAUCUCGCGGCGACACAUUUCUGACGUCACCACAAUUGAACCGGAAGAAGUAUUUUGCAGCGGAAAGGUUCUCUAUCAUGGUCAACCUGUUGGUGUGAUUGUGGCAGAGGAAAUGUCUCAGGCAGUGUAUGCUGCUGAUUUGGUGAAGAUCAAUUAUGAGAGCAAAGUGGAGGAGGAGAAAGGAGCUUUUGCUUCGCUCUAUAAAUACUUGACAGGAAGUGUGGUGACAGAAUCAAAGGAGAAAAUUCUCGCGACGCUGGCAGAUGUUCUGGAGGAGGAUCCCAACUUGACUAAGGAUCGCUUUCAGGCGCCAAUUGUGGUGAAAGUUGCAACACAGCAAGGUAUUGGUGAGGCGGAGGGAAAUGUCAAAGGACAUCUUAUGUGUGGUCCACAGUAUCACUAUACAAUGGAGACGCAGCAAACUGUGGCAAUUCCCAUGGAGGAUGGCAUAGAUAUCUAUCCUAGCACACAAUUCAUGGAUGUCACCAAUAUGGGCGUUGCUGACGUUCUGGGUGUGAAGAAUAGCUAUGUUAGAAUACACAUUCGUCGUCUUGGCGGUGCUUUUGGCGGAAAAAUCUACAGAGCAACGUGGAUUUCAUGUGCAGCAGCAAUUGCUUGUCAUCUGACAGGUCAACCAAUUCGCAUGGUUCUGCCCAUGAUAACAAAUAUGCGUGCAAUUGGCAAGAGAAUUCCAGCCUUCAUCGAGUAUAAUGUGGAUUUUGCUAAAACAGGCGCCAUUACGAAGUUAUUUGCCGAUGUCACGCACGAUUUGGGAUGCUCGAUCAAUGAGAGAAUGGAGGAUUAUGCUAAUUUGUUCACAGCCAAUACAUAUGUCACCACAACGUGGUCUGUCACAUUUCAGUAUGUCAUCACGGAUGCAGCAUCGAAUUGUUCAAUGCGUGGUCCAGGAUCUGUUGAAAUGAUCGCCAACACGGAGACAAUUAUGGAGAAUAUCGCGUGGGCACUUAAGAUGGAUCCGGUGAAAGUGAGAUUGGCCAAUAUUGACAGUAGUAGUCCAAUGGUGAAGAUCUACAAUGAUUUCCUGUCCUCAUGCGACUACUACAAGAGAUUGAAUGAGGUGAAUAAGUACAAUACGAUGAAUCGAUGGAAGAAGAGAGGAAUUGCAACGUCCAUUAUGCAAUUUCCCACGUACUUUGGCAGUACUUACGAAGCACUGGUGUCAAUCUACCAUGCUGAUGGCAGUGUUGUCAUCAGUCUGGGUGGAAUUGAAAUGGGUCAGGGUUUGAAUACCAAGUGUGUCCAAAUUGCCGCUUCGAUCUUCAACAUUCCAAUGGAAUGGGUGAGAGUUGAACCCGCGAAUAACAUCGCCAGUCCCAAUAACUACAUGUCAGCGGGAAAUCUCACCGUGGACUCAGCAGGAAUGACGGUGAAAGGUUGCUGUGACACACUCAAUGGUCGCUUAGAGCCCUUCAGACUGAAGGAUCCCCAAGCAUCCUGGGCCGAUAUCGUGCAGGCGGCCUUUGCGGCCAACACAGAACUCACAGCAGUGAAUAAAUUCGAUCCUAGUCAGAUGGAUCCGUACAACGUUUACGGCGCUGCGUGUUCUGAGAUUGAGAUUGAUGUGCUGACGGGAGAUUUUCAGCUUCGUCGUGUGGAUAUCGUGGAGGAUGUUGGUCAGACAAUCAGUCCGAUGAUUGAUGUGGGUCAGGUGGAGGGAGCCUACGUCCAGGGCUUGGGCUACUGGCUUCACGAGAAGCUGGUGUACGAUCGAAGUACCGGUGAAUUGCUCACUGAUCGCGCGUGGACAUACAAACCGCCAGGCGUGAAGGACAUUCCGGUGGAUUUCCGUGUGACACUUCUUCAGACACGGUCGGAUGGUGCUGGAAUUCUGGGUUCCAAGUGUGUCAGUGAGCCGAGCAUCUGUCUGGCCGUUUCGGCACCACUUGCACUCAGGAGAGCUCUGGAGUCUGCACGAAAAGACGCUGGAGCCGAUAAUAUCUUCAUUACAAUCAACACAGCGACAACUAAGGAGGAUAUUUUGAUUCUGUGUGGCACUAAAGAUGAUCAGUAUGUCUUCUAA